GUGUGUGUGUGUGUGUGUAGGCGCCACGUCGGCAGAACCAGCAGGGUGAAAAGAGAGCUGCGUAGCUCAGCCUGUUAACUGUAACUGCGUGUGUGGAGAAGUUAGAAAGCAGCCGAUUUACGCUGUACAGGCGUAAAAACACGCGAAGAAGAGGCCGUUUCCAGUCCCAGCAGCAGGUUUCCCACACACAAACACAGAAAAUACAACCAUUUAAAGCAGAGUUUGGUUCGGAGGCUGAAACAGAAGCUGCUCCUGUCUCAAGUUUCUCUGUCAGGUGUGUUGUGGGAGAAGCACUGCGAACAAUGGUGAAGAAUGCGAACAGCGUUAAUGUGGAGCCCCAGCCUGGGACCACUGUGGCCCCGGAUGAAGCUGAAACCGUCAACAGCCAGCCUACAGAGGAUUCUGGUAAGGACCAUGUGGUGGCUCCCCCGGGCAUGAUGUGGCGGGUGACCGGUGGCCUCUUCAACGUCACCAAGGGAGUGGUGGGCGCCGCGGUGGGUGGGGUGGUCUGGGUGGGCGGCAAGAGCCUGGAGAUCACCAAGUCAGCCGUGACCACGGUGCCCUCGAUGGGGGUGGGGCUGGUGAAGGGCGGGGUGUCUGCCGUGGCUGGCGGCGUCUCAACGGUGGGCUCGACCGUCGCCAGCAAAGUCCCGUUCACAGCCAAGAGGAAAGACAAGGCUGAGUGAAGAGGAGGAUGGUGAAGAAGAUUAUAAUUGAUGAUGACGAUGGAAUUGCCCCGCCCUGAGCCAACAGAGAGAGGCUGAUCUCUGUCUACCAGUCAAACUCCACAGUGCCUUCAGACGCCUUUCUCGGGCUCAAACAUUAGUCUUGUCACCAUGCAGAGAUCUAGACUUUGAUGCAAAUACACUACAUUCAGCACCAUUAGUACUACGAUUCCGUGGCAACCCAGAAUUACCAUAAAAAUGCUGAGUCACAGAAACUCUUCAUACAAAGUUCUUCCUUUGACUCGGAGUGGGAUUUGUAGUACUGGAAGAUCAUAUGGACUGGGAUACCCUUCAGCACGUGGUGGCCGACUUCAUGAAUAUUUGUAUCCGUUUACAAUUGAGAGGUUGUCCUCUUUCUUUUCUUUAUUCUCUCCAAACUACGCAUAUAUUAAGUGAAAUGUUUCUAAAACAAAGUGCUGAAUUCUUCUUCUUUUUUUCUUUGUCAUUUUUUUGCAAGUGUUCCUUUUGAAAUGUGUGGGACAUGAAUAGUGUGUUGAGAAAAAUAAAAAUGUUUCAGGGUUUUGAAAAGAGGGAUGAGCGCCAUUCUUCAGUCUACAGGCUUCACUGUGGCUGACCUUUUUGAAUCUUUUGGAUGAGCCCGGGAGGUGUUUCACCCGGCAGCCUCGGAUCUGCAUGUAGGAACGCUUGCAUGUCUGGAGACUGCAGACACAAUCACAAGUACACCGAUACUGGGCUCAGGUCUUUUCCACAGCUAUGUUAUUGUUGAAAUAUUUUGUUUUUAGUAUGUGUGAAAUGUUAAAAUGCUGUGCUGAACCUUGGAAAGUUGACUUAAAAACAAAAAGAUUUAAUAAAGAAACAAUCCGCAGCAUAUGAUGGUUGUUUGAGGAAAAGGGCCCAAUGUUGUCAAAACUACUCUAUCAGUAAAGUUGAACUGGACCUUUUUUAAUCAGAGGGUGAACGCUGUACUGGAGUGCAGGCAACAUUUGUGAACAUUUAUAUGCAAUAUCAGCAUUUCAAUGCAACAUUCAGAGUGAAUGGGAGCUGUUGCUGAUGGACUACACUAUGUGAAUGUCUUGUAUGUGUGUUGUUUUCCCAAUAUAUCAAUAAAGUAGUGUUGAAGUUUAAA